AUUACCAUUGAUACAAACGAGAGCGAGCUCAGUAAUCCCGCGAUUAUCAGCGCAAACUGGAACGCUCUUGGGGCCUCCAGAUCUUUUUUUCUCUCUCUCUUUCUCUCUAUCUCUGUCGCUCUUCUUUAAACUAAACCGGCACAACUAAACGCAAGAGAAAGAGGAAGAGAGAGAGAGAGAGAGAGAGAGAGAGAGAGAGAGAGAGAGAGAGAGAGAGGAAGAAAGGAAGAGAAAAGAACAAAGUCAAAUCUAACGUGGUUAACAAGGAAAAGACUCAAGGAUCGCGAUCCAAGGAGACUCGUGACCCUGAAAGUCCUUUCCUUUUCGGAGAGCCCAUGCAGAAGCCACUAGUUUAAGGCCAAGCGACGUCAAAGGGAUGAACAACAGCUGCGGAAUAUUCGGGAUUUAUCCCAAAUGGCUACGAGAUCGAGCUACUCCGAAGAAUUUCAUAGCCGUUUACGGUCUUCUGGGUACCGUGCAGGCUAUGGCUUUCAUUUAUAUUGUCGUCACCCUCACGACAUUGGAGAAAAGGUUUAAGAUACCCAGUCGUACGACAGGUUUGAUAUUAUCGGGAAACGAGAUUUCUCAAAUUCUCUCGUUGAUUUUAACGUAUUACGGUGGUUCUGGUCAUCGUCCCAGAUGGAUAGCAGUGGGUGUUGGGCUAAGUGCAUUAUCCUGUCUGAUUCUUGCACUUCCACAUUUUAUAUUUGGUCCUGGGAGAGACGCGAUGGCUUUGACGAAAGAAUACCUGGAUCAAACGUUGCUUAAUGCCACGACAGUGCCAAGGGACAUUGCGAUUUGUCCACGAAUGAACGAACCGGAACACUGCGAUGACGAAGCUCUCUUAGAUGUUAGUCUUCUUCCCCGUUUGCUUGUAUUUCUCUCUCAAUUCAUCCUUGGAAUUGGCACAACUCUUUAUUACGGACUUGGUCAAACGUAUUUGGACGACAACACGAAAAAAAAGAAUACACCUAUGCUGUUGGGUUUCACGUUCGCCCUUCGAACCGUGGGGCCGGCGAUAGGUUUUCUUUUGGGAUACGGUUGCCUAAGCCUUUACAUCGAUCCAACCCUUCAUCCCGUUAUAACGAAAAAGGAUCCAAGAUGGUUGGGUGCUUGGUGGCUGGGAUGGAUCAUUUUAGGCGUUACCAUGGGAAUGUUCUCCAUACUGAUCGCUAUGUUUCCACGGGAUCUUCCAAGACCACGUAACACCUUGAAAAAAAAUGGUGAGUUGCCAUUGAAAUUGGAGCAAGCCCUUCAAGAUAAAUCAACGAGAUCUUCGUUGUCGAUAAAAUCGACGAAUUCGUUGAAGCAAGAACACGUGCCGACUAUGCGAGAAUUUCCAGCUGCCAUGAAACGACUUUUAACUAAUUGGUUGCUCACUUGUAACAAUCUUAGCGGUGUAUUCUACGUUCUCGGUGCUUCUGCCUAUAUCACAUUCUUAGCGAAAUAUCUCGAAGUGCAAUAUAAUACAUCCGCCGCUGGUGGCACGGUUAUUGCAGGUCCGUUAUCUUUGGUGGGUAUGGUACUAGGAUUUUUAUUAUCAGGAUUGGUGAUAAGUAAAUUCAAGCCAGGUCCUAGGCCUUUGCUCGCUUGGAACGUUCUCGUUGGGGUUUUUUUCGUCGCAGGACAAAUCUCUUUUAUUUUUCUCGGAUGCUCUGAUGUAGGAAUCGAAGGAGUAGACCUUAAAACUAUGCAAAUGAAUUUAACGUCCAACUGCAACGCUGCGUGCAAUUGCGAAUACGUUAAAUACGCACCGGUCUGUCACGAACCCUCGAGCACAACUUUCUUCUCUGCCUGUCACGCAGGAUGCCGUACGAUCGUCGACGAUAAAGAAUUUGGUAAUUGCAGUUGCGUGCCACAGAUAGAGGUCAGUUUAACAAGAGAUCAAUUAGAAGAGAAGAAAGGAAAUGAAGGCUUCUUUGAAAAUAAAUUCCAGCCUCUCGAUGUCCGAUUAUCCACAUAUUCGGACAAGGUCCGAGCUGGUCCCUGUCCCUCCAGUUGUAACGGACCUUACAUACUCUUCACAGUGCUCACUUGUAUCAUACAAACUCUUGCUUGUUCUGGAAAAAUCGGCAACGUCCUUGUAAAUUACAGAAGCGUCGAAAAGAAGGACAAAAGCUUUGCUCAGGGUGUCACGCUUAUGAUUAUUUCACUGUUCGCCCUGAUACCAGGACCAAUAAUUUACGGUGCGAUCAUCGAUUCGACCUGUUUGAUCUGGGAGGAAUCCUGUGGAACUCGAGGCAACUGUUGGUUCCAUCAUAGAGAAAAUUUUCGAUAUCUCGUUAAUAUCUCGUCGGUUGGAUUUUCUAUAAUAGGAGUACUAUUCGAUGUAGCCGUGUGCUAUCUCGGAAAAGAUUUAGAUCUUUACGGGACACUUGAGAACGACAGACGUCGUGAAUUCAUUAAAGAGGACAAUUUCGAGGAUAUCACCGGCUUGAGCAAGAAAAAAGUUUUUAAUGGAAACGCCAAUCAAAGGAUAGAACGCACGCAUCUAUAAUGUUCUGUGAAUUUAUAUUCAAUGUAAUGCAUUUAAGGGAAAGAAAAAGAAGAGAAAAAGAGAUAAAGAAAGAAGGAAAGGGAAAAUGAUUUGAGAAACGUCUAAUCGAUGAAACGGCUCGGAUUUGUAAUCGUAGAAAAUUGUGAUUUUAUUACGAGAUCCACUGCUAGGUACCUGAAAAUUGCCGGGAAGAUAUCUAAUAACAUGUUACGAACGUUGACCGUUCGUAUUACCACGAGGGGAAUAGCAAUAUUUUAUAUAUAUAUAUAUAUAUAUCGUAUAAAACGUACAUGUAUAUAUACAAUUAUUUUAAUGUGAUCAAAGAAAAUACUCGCGCUGUACAAACACAACGCGUAACUCAAGCGUUAUAAACAUACAGACACACAAAAAUCUAGAAAAAAAGAAGGCGUACGAAAAAAAGGAAGUUUCAUUUAGAUUAUUGUUCGAAAUGAACAAAAGAGUUUCCAACGAUGGGUUCAUCACCUUGUUAUCAACUGAUACGUAUAUAAAAAACGAAAAUUAUUCACACACAUAUGUAUAGACAUAUUUAUGAUUUACAUUCCAACUCGUUGAUAAUUUAUUCGUACGACUUUCUUUCGGCGUCCCUGUAAUAAAAUAGGAGAUGUUUUUUUUUUUGAGAAAAAAAAAAAAAAAAAAAAAAAAAAAAAAAAACUAAGAAAAAGAUAGAGAGGAACGUCGAAGUUUCCUCCUGUUACCAACGUCAUUAUCGUCGUGGCACCAAACGCGUUCAGAUAUCUUUCGCUCGUUUGCUUCGAAAAUAAAAUACAAACGCGUAUCGUAGUCGAAACGUUUUACGAGUUUUGUUGCUAUCGAUUGAUCGUAUUAUCAUGGAAGGUUAUGAGUCGAUUAGCGACGACUCGCUAUGGUAUUCACCUCCUCCUCUCCCAUGACUUCCCCAAUAUUUUUACCUUUUUCUUUUUUCUUCGGAUUUAUUAGGUAUAACAAUUUUUAUUUCAAUAGAACUAAUUGUAAGAUAACGCAGAUACAUGUUAAAUGCUGCAUAUUUCUGAAAACAAAUAGAAGAUCAACAACAAGAAAA